CUUGCAGAACCUUGCAACAAGGUCAGACUGAACCCUUUCUUGCAAAGCAAAAAGCGCCACCACGGGCGAGGCGGUCCUGCUGCCAACCAUCCUCUCUUCCAUCCGUGGUGCGUUUGAAGAGCCUUUCAAGGAUCCAGAGCUUCCCAUCUGAGCUUUACCAAGGCGCUGUGUGCGAGUUCGCGCAAGACUCGUUCCCGCCCCGGCCGGCAGCCAUGCAGUCCUCCUACCCGCAGUCAAUUUCCGUCAGCAUGCCUGGGCAGCAGGGUGGAUCCAAGGAGACCAACAACAAGGACUUCUUGGUGUGGUCCCUCUUCAACUUUCUGCUCUUCUGGAACUGUUUCUGCCUCGGCUUCCUUGCCCUUGUCUUCUCCAUUAAGUCAAGGGAUCGCAUGGUUUUUGGAGAGGCGGAUAGAGCAGCUGCUUAUGCCAAGAGAGCCAAGUACCUGAAUAUUGCUGCUUUGGUAAUAGGCAUCGUGGGUAUCCUUAUUUUCAUCGUGGUCAUCAUCACUACGCCUACUAUCAGAGAAAAACUGCAUGAUCUAUUUGAGAAAGCCUGAUAUCAUCAUGAUAGUUAGAAUUAAUACAGUGGUGGACUGUAUCCAUGAUAUUCUUACUAUAUCCUCAGUAAACACUGGCUAUCCUUCCUUCUUCUCUGAUGUACAUGACCUGUUUAACUUGCAAAGAUUGUUUAACUUGAUAGUUAUAUUUGCAGUUGCAUCAAUGCAGAGUUUAUACUCUCCCCUAAAGCUCUGUAGCCUAUCAAGAUUGACAAGGUUGAGUGGAUUGUCUUAAGUAGGGUGUGGAUGGGUAAACUGAUGCAGAAAAGGUUAUAGGGCAGAGGUUAGCUCUGCCCCAGCAUCUGGCCUUGUAGCCUUCCCAUUUCCUCUUCCUGAUUGUUUACAUUACUGUGUUUCAUUUUGUUUUUAUAUGUUCACAAGUUUCUCACGUGAGGUGAGAGGAGUAUUAGAGCUUUUGUGUAUUGAAACAUGAAAUCUAGGGUGAAUUCUGAGCAAAUAAAAACAAUAUCCUUUGA